GCGUGUCCCUGUGCCUCUGCCAUCAUAGGUGUGCUGAAAGUAGCUGCAUGGAGAAGCCAACGGCGUCAGACAGAGCAGAGCUGGAGGAGACAGCAGGCCUGGUGGAGGAUGAAUUGCCUCAAGGUGCUGAAGGCGGAAACGUGGAACCUCGGACGCUGAGGAAGAGCAGCUCCUCCCGUAAGAGUUUCCGUCUGGACUACCGACUGGAGGAGGAGGUGACGAGGUCCAGUCGGGACAAAUAUGGACGCUGGACUAACCCCUGGCCAACAUGGCGCUUUCCAUCCUACUCCAUGCUGUUCAGGUUUCUGGUGCUGGAGAAAAAUCACAGCAAUGUGCCAACAAGCAAAGAGGUCCUGGACAGCGAGCUCCCGGUAAUGGAGCCUUACUUCGUCCAGAACCCAGAGGCGUCGGACUCUCCUGCUGGCAUGAGGGUGACCUGGCUGGGCCACGCUACAGUUCUGGUGGAAAUGGAGGGGGUUAAUAUCCUGACCGACCCGAUUUUCAGCCAGAGAGCGUCGCCGCUUCAGUUCAUGGGGCCCAAACGCUACAGAGGGCCCCCCUGCACAGUGGAACAGCUGCCGAGGAUAGAUGCGGUUCUCAUCAGCCACUCUCACUACGAUCACCUGGAUGUUGGGUCUGUUGCCAGCCUUAACGCACGCUUCGGAGCGGAGCUACGCUGGUUCGUGCCCCUGGGUUUGAUGGACUGGCUGGCCAAGAUGGGCUGUGAGAACGUGAUGGAGCUGGACUGGUGGGAGGAGAACUGUGUCCCCGGUCACGACAACGUCACGUUUGUCUGCACGCCGUCUCAGCACUGGAGCAAACGGACAGCGUGGGAUGAUAACCGGUCUUUAUGGAGCAGCUGGUCCGUUUUGGGGCCCAACCAGCGAUUCUUCUUCGCCGGCGACACAGGCUACUGCUCGUCCUUCCAGGAGAUCGGACGCCGCUUUGGGCCGUUCGACCUCGCAGCAAUCCCGAUUGGAGCGUACCAACCCAGGGAUGUGAUGCAGGGCCAGCAUGUGGAUCCAGAGGAGGCUGUUCAGAUUCAUCAGGACCUUCAGGCCAAAUGGUCCGUCGCCAUACACUGGGGGACAUUCGCCCUUGCCUAUGAGCACUACCUGGAGCCACCAGUCCGUCUCAGAGAGGCCUUGGAGCAGAAGGGACUGAAACCAGAGUGUUUCUUCACUUUGCAUCACGGGGAGUCUCGGCUGAUAGCUGCUCAGGACCGAGACGUCUUUGAGUGACGUCUCUGCAGCGCUCUGUGGACUGCAGCUGUAAAAAGAAGCAGAGCUCAAGUCUGACUUCAUGUAUAGACUGAUGAUUACAGCUCAGGCUGAAUAAAAAUGAAUGUGUUACGGUGCUUACAUCAACUUUGUACAAAGAUGUCACUUUCAUCUAGCUGGUCCAGCGGAAACGUCAUAGGAUAAAAAAGGAAACUGUCCUGUGGAGGAAAGAAGAGAAGAAAUUGGGUUCACGGAUCAGUCUCGUUUCUCUCAGUAAAUAGGAACCAGAAACCUCUAAACUAAAGCUAAGCUCCACAGGUUGUGUUGGUAGAAAACUCCAGCUUCACUUUGCAUCAUUAGGCUCACACACAGCUUACUAUUUUUAGAAGGGUGCUUACAAGUUAGAGGGCUUUUCUGAAAGUGCUACAGCCAAUCCAGAACCAUGUGUUAUCUGAGAUGUUUACUCUGCAACAGUUUGAUAGACAUGCUGUGAAAAACAUACUGCCGUUGAGCUGGGCUCAGCUGCAAAGUGCUUUUGUUGCUGCUUCAUCUCUUUGGGUUUUUAGUGCUGUGAAAACAUCAAAGCUGCAUCCUUGUUCAUCGCUCUGGUCUUUUUCACAGCUUGUAAUUUUCUUUUAUGAAGCAAAAGCAGAAUAGAUUUGCUGUGACAGACUUUUUCUCUUUGUCUCUCAUCCUGAAUGUACAACAGUAACAGCACAACCUUGAACCCAUUUAGUGCAGUAACCUGUGAGGCUGAACUGCCAGUCAUGCUUCACACCAUCACUUUAUGGAAAUGUCACAAUAAAUAAACCAUUUAAGUCAAA